AUUUCCCACAUUCCAUUGAAGCAAUUCAUUCAUUCCUUUUUCUUCAUUCUCAAUCAUUUCCUUUGCAUUUUUAUCGUGCGAAAGUUAUUUUGUAAUUAAAAAAAAAAAAUUACGCAUGAGGGCCAUCAUUCCUUCUAUCUCCAUCAAAGGUUUCCAAGCAGUAUUGGUAUGUCUGUCCAAGAUCGGUGACGAUAUCGUGGUAGAAGCUCGACCGGAUCGAUUCAUCCUCUCGACUCUCAACAUCACACGUUCUGCUUUCGCAACCUUUACAUUUACCCGGGUAUUUUUUGAGAGCUAUCAUCUAGAUACAACUGCAGAAGCAAUUAAACAUGAUAGCUCAGGCCCUUAUUUGAGAUGUACUGUUUUGGCCAAGGCUUUGGUAUCAGCUUGCAAGAUCCGUGGCAACGUGGAGUCCAAGAUUGAAAAGCUCUGCUUAUUUAUGAACUCGGCUGAAGGCGUUGGAGAAAAUUGUCGUUUAACAGUUGAAAUAAUUUUCAAAUAUGGGUUCAUUAAAAUCCACAAGUUACUCUACGAAUCGUGUCCGGAGCCCUUACAAGUCUUAGACUCUAUUGAAUCCUGCUCUAAUUCAUGGAGUCUCCCGCCUGCUGCACUGAUUGGAUUUGCAGAGAAUUUUUCAUCCAAGGCUGAGGAAAUCUCGAUGAAGUGUCAUCAAGAAGGAGUCACUUUCAAGACUUUUCUAGAUGCAAAUGAAGGAGGACUGAAGGCGUCAGGUAGAUUUGGAACGACUGUUGUACCAAUCAACAGGAGCGCGUUGGAGUUUUACAAGCUACAGGAAGAAGUCGAGAUCACAUUUUCGCUAAAGGAAUUCAAAGCAAUCAUUGCCUUUGCAGUGACACUUCGUCUGCCAUUAGAUGGGUAUUUUGAUGCUAGGAGUCGGCCAUUACUCCUUAGAGUACAAGUUGAAAGCAUUGUGAGCGGAACUUUCGCUUUGGCGACGGUCCUUAAUGAAGGCGAGGCGCCAGAACCAUCUCCAAUACCUUCUAAACGAGAAUAUGAGGCGAUGAAGGGGGAGGACAGGGGAACGGUGGCGCAAGGGAAAAGUACACAUGAUAAGGGUCACGGCGAACUUGAUCUCACACAACCUGAGAACGCCUUAUUUUUAGAUGAUGACUCAGAAUGGCUCGGAGAGCUGAAUAGUUUAGAAAUGGAGGAGACAGCGACUAGCGCAAAGGCAACGACGACAAAUACCAAAAAUAAUGCUUUAGCAUCAGUUAACCAUCCAAAGCAGGAGAGACAGUCGUCACAAGCCCUCCAACAACAACAAAAGCAGCAGCAGCUAUAUCUAAGGGUAGCUGAGGAUGUACGGAUUUAUGAGGAUGAGGAUGAGCCAUUUGAGAUUGAGGAAGAGUUCUUGUCAUCAAGUCGACAGUCUAAGCGUGCACGCUUCAAUUUUGAUGAGGACGACUAAGGAUUUAUAAUAAUUAGGUG